AGGUAGAACAGUUAUUCAGAAAAGUCAUUGCUUGAUCUCCCUGCCCUUAGUCCUGGGAGGAAAGUGUUCAUGCUCUCACAACAUACCUCAUGUUAACUGUGAAGGUAAAUAUUAACAGAGUCACAUGUUAAUAUUUAAGCAGGGUAUUAAAACUAAUCCUCCAAAAUGAAAGUACAGUCGGAAAGUAACAGCACGAAGUGGCGUAUGAGGUGGAGGCGUGUGUGUCCUUCUGCUGAGGAGAUGUGAGGUUUACUGAGGAGACAGAGGAGAGCUUUGUGUACCGGGAGCAAUGAGCAGGCUCAGACUUCUCUAUCUCUCAGUCCUGCUUCACAUUCCUCAGGAACAUGCAGAGCCUCCUCUUUUCCACUCUUCUCAUCACUGGCUUGUUACAGUUCUGCUGCAGGGCACAGGGCACUGGGCCAUUGGACAUGACACCUGAAGAAAGCCCUGGAGAAGUAUCAGAAGUGCAUCAGCGUAAGCAGUUUUGUCACUGGCCCUGUAAAUGCCCUCAUCAGAAGCCCAGGUGCCCUCCUGGUGUGAGCUUGGUGAGGGAUGGCUGUGGAUGCUGCAAAAUCUGUGCCAAGCAACCAGGGGACAUCUGCAACGAAGCCCAACUCUGCGACCCGCACAAAGGGCUGUAUUGUGACUACUCAGCAGACAGGCCUAGGUAUGAGACUGGAGUGUGUGCAUACCUUGUAGCUGUUGGAUGUGAGCUCAACAGGGUGCAUUAUCAUAAUGGCCAAGUGUUUCAACCCAAUCCCCUGUUUAGCUGCCUCUGUGUGAGUGGGGUGAUUGGAUGCACACCUCUGGUCAUACCAAAGCUGGCUGACAGUCGCUGCUCUGGGGCUAAAGGUGAAAAGAAGGCUGAUCAAUCAAACUGUGAUUUGGGACCAUUACAAGAGCAGCUCUCAAGAAGCUAUAAAACUAUGCCAGAUGUGUGCCAGGCUUUUAAUAUGCUUCCUGCACUGAGGUCUUUAAACUGCUGUCUACCUUCAAGCUUAUAGGAAUCUCCCACUUAUUUGGAAAAGAAAAUGUCUUAUGCAGGCAACAAAGUGGACACCUUGUUCCAGAACAUGUGGGAUGGGAAUAUCUAAUAGGGUAACCAAUGAAAACAGCAACUGUGAAAUGAGAAAAGAGAAAAGACUGUGUUAUAUUCAGCCUUGCGACAGUAAUAUAUCAAAGACAGUACAGAUUCCCAAAGGAAAAACAUGCCAACCUACUUUCCAACUCUCCAAAGCUGAAAAAUUUGUCUUUUCUGGAUGUUCAAGUGCUCAGAGUUACAAACCCAUUUUCUGCGGGAUAUGCUUGGAUAAGAGAUGCUGCAUCCCUAAUAAGUCUAAAAUGAUUACCAUUCAAUUUGAUUGCCCAAGUGAAGGGUCAUUUAAAUGGAAGAUGCUGUGGAUUACAUCUUGUGUAUGUCAGAGGAACUGCAGAGAUCCAGGAGAUAUAUUUUCUGAGCUCAAGAUUCUUUCAAAAUAAGCACAUGGCAGAAAAGUUCUGGUUAGUGAAUCAUGUCAUUACACCAAAGAAUCUGAGU